CAGAUACAACCUGACGGUAAUCGGGAUACGUGAAACACUUUCGACACAUUAGCUCGUUUCAAACAUCUUGUAUAUUGAGUCGGGGUGAAUGGCGUUUGAGCUCACUGUGGUAUUCUGCCGCGCAGUUUCGAAUUUUUUGUUCCUCAGCUGUACAAAUGGCAUUAAAACGUAUAUCUAAAGAGUUACAGGACUUAAGCGUAGAUCCUCCAACUCAGUGUUCAGCUGGUCCUUGUGAAGAUGAUCUAUUUGUCUGGCAAGCCACUAUUAUGGGACCUGCCGAUAGUCCAUAUGAAGGUGGAGUCUUUUCCCUGAAAAUACUAUUUCCCACAGACUACCCUUUCAAACCCCCUAAAAUCAGUUUCAUGACGAAAAUAUAUCAUCCGAAUAUAAAUCCCAAUGGUAGUAUCUGCUUAGAUAUCCUCCGUGGACAAUGGUCACCUGCUCUCACAAUAUCGAAAGUUCUACUCUCAAUUUGCUCACUAUUGACGGACCCCAAUCCAGAUGAUCCUCUAUGCCCAGAUGUCGCACGUCAGUACAAAACAGAUCGUAAGAAAUACGAUGAGUUAGCUCGAGUGUGGACACAGAAAUAUGCUAUGGAUCCUUGAUACGGCACUACACAAAACAUUUCGAUAAACGUAUUUUCUCCUUUCUUCUUGUACUCACUGAUGGUGUACGUGUUGCACUUAAUGUCGAUCGAUUUUUUCAUCUCGAUUAACCUUACUUUCUUAUUCUAUUCUUACUGGUUUGUCAGUUGUGCGUUUGUGAAAAUGCUCUUAAGGUUGUCACGAGUAUUUCUUCUUUUUUCGAACUAGACUUGUGCCGUGUUUAGUGACAGUUGGCGGUACAGGUUGAUUCACUCAGACGUUUUCAUUUGUUUAAAUAUUUAAUUGUAUCAAUUCACUUUACGAGAAAUUCACUACUUGAGCAAUUGCUGCUCGUGAUACUCAUAAUCUAAUCUCAGAAUUUAGUAAUAUGUUUAUAUUUGACCAAAGCUAUUAAAACUUGUGUUUAUUCAAGGGAUUGAUUUAAAGAAAAGUCUGAUUUCAUGUUGGGAAGAAGAUUGCAUCAAUGAGAGUAUCGGAUUUUACGGCAGUCUAAUCUUGUUUUUAAGUAGUAGUCUGUUUACUCGUGUUAAGGCGUGUAUUUUCGUUAGCAUAAUACGCUUAUUAGUUUGUAUGAGGUUUUUAGUGACGAUCCUAAGCAUAGUUCUCUAGUUAAUUCAUAUAAUUACUGUUUCCAAUUAAUGUCCCUUCAUGACUAUCGUAUUCUGACAAAAUUAAAGCGGUUCAUUAUCUCAUGUUGACUGCCAUAAAACGGCCAUUACUACUGUAAACUAAUGUAUCGUAGCGAGUCGAAUAAUAACUGAAUCCUUUCAUGGUUAGCAAUUCUACUUCAGUAGACCAAAUAUUAUAGCUUUGAGAAACGCAUCAGCUCUGUUGAGCCCUAAUAGAAAUAGUUUAGCAUAAUCUAGUUAAGGAUAUUGUUACCGGAAAACCUUAUCGAGACCUACUUUGGUACUUCUGAUUUGUUUUGUUGUUAGCAUCGGUUCGAAAUAGUGUAGUUGCAAGUGGAUUUUUGAAAUCUUGCACCCAUCUUCUCACCUGUUUUAUAAACAUAAACAACUACUUUCUUCAUUUGACAGUAUUUUGCCGUAGUUGUAUAUUUUAUGGAUAGUACUGUCGACCAAUACAGUCCGUAAUUUUUGUUACUGUGUAGUUACAACAUCGUUUUUCACUCCUCAAUGUAGUUAUUUCUACUCAAUACACAAUUGGACCUGAUACUUAUGGUAAUGUAAGCAAUUUGUAACAGUCUUCCGUGUUGAUGCACACCAUUUGAGAUGUGAUUUCUAAGCUCGAAUCUUUUGUUUGUUGAGAUCAGAAUCCACAAGUUCAAAUUUUACUCGGUGAUCCGCAUAUCUAGAACUGAUUAUCAUCAUGUUGUCUAUGUAUAGCUUUAACGGUCUUGCUUAACAAGUUAAUUCAGGACAGGCUUUGGUCCUCUGAUAGUUAUCUUGCCCAUUUCUUCACGCGAACUCUUGGUACUUUCGUUUCUGAAGUAGGCAUAAAUAGAACUUCCAGUACACUUGAAAUUACGUUAAUGAAUAUUGUUGGUUAUUAAUAAUAUAUUUAUGGACAAGAGAACCAUGUAGUGUGCAUUUCCGAGCCUUACCAAGUCCUGUCAUACUGCUAAUAGUUAGAUUUUAGGGAUCUGACGAUGCUAUAAUGCGAGUUGGAUGUCAGCACGAAUGGAAGAACUUAUUGUGGGUAGUGAGAACGGUAACGGCACAUUUAUGUUUGGGAAAUAAUUCUGUCUUAGCAUGAGGUCGUUUGUACUUUCCGAAUUGAAAUAUAUAUUUUAUGCAAUUCAAGGAAGUUUGUUUUGCUUAUACUUUUUCGAAAUCC